AUGCCUUUCAUAUCAGACACAGCGAGCGCCCUCAAAAGCCGGUUCGGGUUCCACGACCAAUCGUCGGACCCGGUCCGGAGCACUCCGGCGGCCGAUCUUCACAAAUCCGCCGCCAAAGCGAGUUUUUCGGCCGUUCGGAGCAUCGGCGACUGGGAUGACGACGACGACGGAAAAUCAGUCAGCACAGCUACGACGUCGUCCGGUCAGAGGUUCGAGAUCCGUGAAGACCCGUCGUUCUGGAAAGAUCACAACGUCCAGGUUAUUAUUCGAGUUCGGCCACUUAAUAGCAAUGAAAUAUCUGUUCAAGGCUACGGUAAAUGUGUUCGUCAAGAGAGCUGUCAGACGGUUACUUGGACCGGACAUCCAGAGUCCCGGUUUACUUUUGACAUUGUUGCGGAUGAGAAUGUUACCCAGGAGCAACUAUUCAAAGUGGCAGGAUUGCCGAUGGUGGACAACUGCAUGAUAGGCUACAACAGUUGCAUGUUUGCUUAUGGCCAAACUGGAAGUGGGAAGACCCACACAAUGCUUGGGGAUAUUGAGGGAGGCACACGAAGACACAGUGUCAACUGUGGGAUGACACCUAGGGUCUUUGAGUACUUAUUCUCAAGAAUUCAAAAGGAAAAAGAGGCUGGCAAAGAUGAAAAGCUAAAGUUCAUAUGUAAAUGCUCAUUUCUAGAAAUAUACAACGAACAAAUUCUAGAUCUUUUGGACCCGUCGUCUAACAACUUGCAGAUAAGAGAAGAUAUAAAGAAAGGGGUUUACGUGGAAAAUCUCAAGGAGGUUGAAGUUACAAGUGCUCGAGAUGUUAUACAACAACUUAUUCAAGGUGCAGCUAACAGAAAGGUAGCUGCUACUAAUAUGAAUCGUGCCAGUAGCCGGUCUCACAGUGUAUUUACGUGCAUCAUCGAAAGUAAAAGAGAAUGCCAAGGAGUAACUCACCAUCGGUUUGCUCGGCUUAAUCUUGUUGACUUAGCAGGAUCUGAAAGGCAGAAGAGUUCGGGUGCUGAAGGUGAACGGUUGAAGGAAGCUACUAAUAUCAACAAGUCUCUUUCAACAUUGGGACUUGUGAUUAUGAAUCUAGUAAAUAUGUCCAAUGGGAAGUCACUCCAUGUUCCGUACCGGGACUCAAAGCUAACAUUUUUGCUUCAGGAUUCUCUCGGUGGGAAUUCCAAGACAAUUAUUAUAGCAAAUAUUAGUCCUUCUAGCUGUUGUUCAUUGGAGACAUUGAGCACUUUGAAGUUUGCACAACGUGCUAAAUUCAUUAAGAACAAUGCAGUUGUCAACGAGGAUGCAUCUGGAGAUGUUAUUGCCAUGAGAGUGCAAAUUCAUCAGCUCAAGAAAGAGGUAUCCCGCUUACGAGGCCUUGUGGGUGGAGGAAUUGAAAAUCAGGACAAUGAAACUUUAGCUGUAAGCUUUCCAGGAUCUCCAGGAUCUUUUAAGUGGGAUGGACAUGGAUCCUUUAGUCCACUUGCUGCUGCUGGUAAAAGAAUAUCUCAGAAAAAGGACUAUGAAGUUGCUCUUGUUGGUGCUUUCAGAAGGGAAAAGGACAAAGACACUGCACUGCAGGCGUCGGUUUCUGAAUGCCAGGCAGCUAUGCAGCUAGCCAAACAAAGAGAAGAUGAAAUACAGGGUCUGAAGAUGAGGCUUCGAUUUCGAGAGGCUGGCAUAAAAAGGUUGGAAGUGGUUGCCAGUGGAAAGAUAUCUGCUGAGACGCACUUGCUAAAGGAAAAGGAGGAACAUUUGAAGGAAAUAGAAGUAUUGCGUUCUCAGGUUGAUCGAAGCCAAGAAGUGACUAGAUUUGCUAUGGAAAAUUUGCGGCUAAAGGAAGAAAUCAGAAGGUUAAAGUUAUUUUAUGAGGAAGGUGAGCGGGAGAUAAUGAAUGAACAAAUAAUGGUGCUACAGAACAAGUUGCUAGAAGCUCUCGAUUGGAAACUUAUGCAUGAAUCAGAUCCCUCCAUGAUUCAGGAGAAAGCAUUACAUUGGCAAUCUUCAAUCAAUGAGAAUGAAUUUCUCCGUAUGCAGGCCAUUCAAAAUAAAUCAGAAAUUGAUACCCUUCAUAGACAGCUUGAAGUCUGCCUUGAAGAGAAAGAGAAUUUGGAAAGGAAUGUCAAUGAUUUGAUGAUAAGACUUGAAGAAGAGACAUCCAGAGCCCUGAAAGAAAAGACAAAUCAAUUCGAGCUUCCUUCCUUGUCAUCCGAUGUGCCUGUCAUCAAUUUCAGUGAUCAAAUGGAGCUAAAAGCAAUGGUUGACGCAAUUGCUGCUGCAAGCCAGAGAGAGGCUGAGGCUCAUGAGACAGCGAUAACCCUUUCUAAAGAGAAUGAUGAACUGCGAAAGAAGCUUAAGGUUUUGAUCGAAGAUAAUAACAAGCUCAUUGAAUUGUAUGAAGGGGCCACUUCGGAGCCUAGCUACAUAAAUUUUAACAAGUCUGAAUGUACUCAUGUUGGCACUGAAACUCACGGUAAUGGUGGUUCUGUUGAACUUGCUAAAGCAACAGAGAUUAAAAAAUUGGAGCAUCAGCUUGUGGAAAUGCAUGAAGAAAAUGAAAAACUUUUGGGUUUGUACGAAAGAGCCAUGAAGGAGAGGGAUGAACUCAAAAGAGCGUUUUCGUGUGGACAGAAAAGAGUCGAGGAUAAAGAACUUGUAUCUGCAGAGAAGCUUGUUGAAGUUGAUGGAGGGAAACACCCAAGUACACGUCCUACUACUGUUGAGGGGAGGAGUUUCAAAAUCGAAGAUGGUAUUCCUGGAUCUGAUGGAGGAGAAAGUACUCAGUUUGAGAAACCUACAUGUCAAGGAACACUAUCAAUUCAAGAAUCUGGUUUGCCUGGAUUUGCAGAAGAUGGACAUCAUGCAUCUGAUGAAAUGAAAAUGUGUAUUGAAGAUGGAAGCGGUGGAUCAAGAUUCGUUGUGCAUGAUACUAAAUUUAAUUCAGGAAAUGACGUCAGUGUGGGAAAUAAGUAUGACAUGGAGAUGGAGACUCCAUGUUCUCCUACUGUUGAGAAUACUGAAGCAGCAACCUAUACUGAAAGAUUCAUUAUGCAUGAUGCUGUAGUGGAUUUAGGAAAUGAUGUUGCUGCUGGUACUCUGUCUGACAUGGAAAUGGAGACACCAAAUUUCACUACUGUCAAUAAUACUGAAGUGGAGGUUGUUACUGGAACUCCGUCUGACAUGGAGCUGGAGACACCAUGUCUUAAGCUAUCAGAGGAUCUAAAUUUGGUCAGAAAGAAACUGGAAAGAGCAGAUGAACAACUUGUGGAUUCUGCCAAAACUGUUGCUGCCUUUUCUUCUGUUGAGAAAGUAAUACUAGAUGUUGGCACACUCGAGAGAGAGCUUCAUGUUUUGGAAGUUGAAAUUCAGGUCAAGCAGCAGCAAUUGGAAUCCUAUAAGCUUCUUGCUUUAAAAACAAGAGACAAAAGGACUCUAAUCGACAAAAAGUUGUCGGCUCUCAAAUACUCCAUGUCCAACUUUUCUUCAUCAGUACUUUACUUUGAGCAACGAGAAGCUCGGGCAAGAGCAAAGGUAACUGCUUCAUUAUCUUAUCUGGACCAAAAGAAAGCGGUAUUCAGCUGUCUACAAAUGGAGAAGGAUGAAAUAUCUGCUGCACUGAGAAAAAUGCAAGAAUCUGAAGUUGAAUUGAAGAACGUCCUCUCAUGCUUGAAGUCAAAACUGGAGGAAGAAAAUAAAAAACAGCAGACUGAUCAGGUUCUCUUUGCGAUUGAUAAUGUCGAACAGGCAGAUACCUCACAGAAAAACUGGCAGUUGGGAGGUAAAGCUACUGAGUUAUUGAAGUCCGAGGAGGAAAAAACCAAGCUGCAAACUGAGAUGAAGCUAUCUCGAGAAAAACUUGGUGCCUUAAGAAAGGAAAUUGAGGAGUUGAACAUGAAAUCUGAAAAGGUAGAAAGUAAGAUGAUGGCUGUUCAGGUGGAGAUACAGAAAGGUUUGAGGUCCGUGGAAGAGACAGAACUUCACCUCCAUGGUGUAAUUAGGGAGAAGGAGAUGCUGUUAGAAGUAAGAGAUAAUGGAAAGAGUGAAAUCAAAGGUCUGAUAGUUGAAUACCAGCAGCAUUGGUUUGAAUCAGAUUUGAAGGAGGGAGAGAUGGAGAUUUUGGAGGAAGAGUUGCAGAUUGAGUUAGAGAAGAUGGAUGAGCUUCGUUUAUCAAGGGCUUUAGCGGCUGAGAAGACAUCCCAGUUCUUGGACACAAGAUCUGAUUCGUGUUUCUUAUCAGAAAAGAUUGAAGAAGAGCUACAAAGUGUCAGGGAAUAUGUUCUAGAAGCCAAGUCAUUACUUGGGGAGGAAAAUUCAACCUUCAGUUGA